AUGGUCACGCAAUGCAAGUACCCAUUUCAUUACUCUCUACCCCUUACUGCCUGCCUACCUCGCCCCCACGUUCCCACUCCUAGAGCCCUCCCAACUCGGCGAGCCCUUCCAACUCACGAGCCCUACCUCAGCACAAUCCCUGACCUCGUGCUCCUAUUGACCUGUCCGUCCACGCGCAGUUGGUAGCUCGCCUUCGCCGACGAGCUCGACGCCCUCGACAUCGCCCACGUCGCAAUUCCACCGACGUGCCCUCUCAACCUCGACGCGCGUCUUCUUCCCGAGCAUGACGAACCCAUCGAUGCGCUCCCCACCUACAACGCCCCCACGGCGCGGACGUGGCAAUGGGUCCGUCUCGUUCCGGUACGUCAACGAAUCGCCGACGAACGCCGCCUUGUUAAGGAAGACCCGUCGGCGCAAGUCCACUUCCAGGGUGUUUGAGAAAGUCGGGCAAUGGUUCGAACGCCAUGGGUCGACGCGGCCGAGCGUGCUCUUGACGCUCUUGACAUGUCUCAUCGUCGCGUUUGGGCUGUUCUCCCUCGCUGAGACACCCCGAACGGAUAUUACGGACGAGCUCAGUGGGUGGGUGCGCAUCGCUUCUAAAGUCCAUCCCAACAAUUGGGCACCAGGGUAUUCGGAUACGUUUCGCUACAAAUCCCAAAACCACGCCAACGGACCAACAAAAGGAGAGGUCGUGCUCGCAGAGGCAGCGCCGUACGAGGAUGUCUCGAACCCCGACGACGAACCUGAAGCACUGGAUCCAGUACCCAUCCACGGCGCUGGGCGUCGACCAAUUGGCGGGCCACAGCGCGUUGACAUCCCGGCAAAACCGACGACAGAAGACAAGGGAGUACCUCAAAACGUGCAUCCGAUCGACGAGGACGAGGUGCCGAGCAAUGGUAUUGAAGAAGCAAGUGAAAAAGAUGGAACGAAAGACAACGCGACAUCCAACCAAACAAAUCGCCACGAUGGCGGCGACAGGGACGGGGAUCAUUACGAACAUGAUCACGAUCCCGAUCGCGAAGAGCAGAACCCCGAUAUCGAAGACGACACCGACCUGAGCGAGGGCAAGAACGCCGAGGACGACGACCAAGAGGACGUCGUCGAUGAGGACGACCCAGAUCACCUAGAGCAGGAACUGCAAGCCGUCGUCGCGGCUGCUGCCCUCGCAGCCUCCGCAGGAUCCAAACCAGUCGAAGUCGUAACACUGAAGCCCAAGUUUGAAGACGAUCGCAAGUUUCUUUUCGCCGCUUGGAUCGGGGAGCAAGAGACCAAGGCGCAGUUGCACCUCUACCAAUUGGGCCUGCUCGCCGUCGCGCUCAAUCGAACGCUCGUUCUACCCCAAGUCCACAAGUCGCGCUUCUCGACGUGCUACACCUCUCCAUUUUCCCUCUACUACUCGAUCGACACGCUCGACAGCUUCAACAUCCCCUGGAUCACUCACGCCGAUUUCCUUGCGCUGGCGCACCGCGAGUCACAGAAUCAAAAGAGCGAAUCGAGCGCCAAAACAGGCCAACUUGUCGGAAUGGUACGAGGCAAGGAAUUUCCGGCUGAUGCAGCCAUCAUCCCUCUCAACGAUUUAUGUCUCGCCAACCUCGGCCUCGAACUCGAGGCGUACGAACCCAAGGCGUUCUUUCGGAACAGUGGGGCGGCCAAGAUCGAUCGCGAAGGCAUCGAGUUUGCCCAGCGUAUGAUCGAGGACUUGCAAGCCCGUGACCCGAACACGGGCACAACGGCAGACGUGAUCGUCAUUCAAUACAACCUUCGUCAUCAGAUCCUGACGCCCGGGAUUGUGAGACCUUAUCAGGCUCCUGGAUCGAAGCCCGUGCGCAAGUAUCAGUACUUCCAGUACUCGUCGCACUGGACUCUGCUCGGACAACAGAUGGCCCAAGCACUCUCCCCUUUCUUGGCUGUGCAUUGGAGGACCGAGACCGUCAGUGUCGACGUAUUGCGACCAUGCGGAUUGUCACUGAUCGCCUGGGUCAAACAAGCCGUUGCGAAACGACCCGAAGUCAAAACCGUUUACUUCGCCAUGGAUUACCCCAUCGAACUCUGGUUCGACGGCGCCGGUCCAGGAAGUAAAUUCUCCGCCCACAGUGGUUCCAUGACCAAGACGAUCACAGCCGAACACCACGCCGCUUUCCGUGGAUUUGUCGAAGAUUGGAAGCGCGAGUUCGGGGAUACGGUCAAGAUGACGAGCUUCAAGGGCGUUUUGGGGAGCGUCGAGUUGGAUAAAGAUUUGCGGGCGCUGCUUGGGGUCGGGGCGAAUCAGGCGCAAGCUGACUUCGAUAGGCUCGAUGAAGCGAUCGUGGGUAUCGUGGACAAGAACAUUCUUGCAAAAGCGGAAGGUACGUCCUGAUUCGUCUCCAGCAUGGAACGAGAAAACACCACUGACCCCGAGCUCCUCUCGUUGCCCACACAAAAGUUUUCCUGGCCGGUUCCCCCUCAACAGGUAAAAGCACAUUAGCCAAGUACUGCGCCAAGAACUCGCAGUUCACCGAACAAGUCAUCGAUGGGAGAACCACAGCGAUCAAGAAGCAAGGUUCGUCGUCCAUGGCCAGUUCGGAGGGGCAGUUGUGGAAUGCGGUCGAUCGAUUCGCGAGGACUCCGUCAAGACAGCGGACAUGA